GCCGAGUUUCGACGUUUCGACGUUUCAACGCUUCCCGAGCAGCGCGGGCAGUACCCGACAGGCGGUAGAAUAGUACAGGCCAACCUGUUGGCGUUGCAGGUACUCUCGCGCGCGCGCCAUUUCACCGAUAUCGAACCGAUAAUACGCUCAAAACAACCCAAAAACGAACCGGCGAAUUCGUAAUUCGUUUUUCAUCAUCAUCAUCGUCUUCGCUAACGAUAUCAUCAUCGAAUCGUCGAAUACAAUCGCAUCGUACCAUCCACAACAACGAGCAAUACCACCAGCAACAACAACAGUAUAUAUAGAAGUUAUACAGCUGAGACCUUUUCGAAUCUACUAGGUACUACAAACGAUUUCGAUUGUAUCAACAUCGACAUCAUCGAUAUCUUCAUCGACAAGAGGUUUAUAUAAUUCGAUAGGAUUAAAUGUGCGAAACGAUCACGGCGAUGGACUACGACAUCAAAUUGAUCAACGUGGUGAAACGGUACCCGGAAUUGUACGAUGGUUCCCACAGGAACUUCAAGAACAAGGAGGUGAAGGCGGCUUGUUGGAAGGACGUCGCCUUCAAAAUGCGAAAGCAGUCCGACGAGUACUCGGUGAAAGUGGUCCGGAUGCGCUGGAAGAGCCUGCGCGACUCCUACGUCAAAGAGAUCAAAUACAAGAUGGCCGUCAGCACCGGACACGCCGUCAAACCACGCAAGAACUGGCGCUACAGCAACUGCAUGACCUUCCUGGCCCCAUUUCUGGCCAUCAGCUUCCCCCUGCCCCCCGACAGGACCGCCCGCCAGGACGAUUCGCCGCGCCUCUCCAAGGACGACUCGUCGCAGGACUACCAACGCGACGACGAGCCCGACGGCGGCCAUUUUCUCGGCGCCCUGCUCGACUUCUCCAAGCAGGACUUCUCCAAGCAGGACCUCUCCAAGCAGGACUUCGCCAAGCAGGACCUCUCCAAGCAGGACCUCUCGAAGCAGGACGAGGGGGAGUCCAAAGGGUCGGACGGGCAGAGGGAAAUCGAGGAGGCCUCGCCCGGCAGGAGCCGGCAGGAGUCGGUUAGCUCCUGCGGCGGUGAAGACAGCGACAUCGAUUCGUUCUUCAAAGGAAUCUCGGAGGCUGUGAAGAAGAUGAACGUGGUGAAUCAGGUGUUUAUUCAAAGGAACAUCGUUAAUAUGAUAUUGGAUUUCAAGUUGAGGGAGGCGCAGGAGAAGUAUAUUAUCCAGCAAAGGGAGGCUGAUGAUAACGAUUAAUUUUGGUUUUAUACUCCGUUCGUUGGCAGGAGAUUGUAUUUUAACCGCACGAGUGAUUCAAGAAAUUGUUUUUUUUUUGUUAGGCUAUUAGGCCGAAUAGCCCUAGAAGUUGAGGCCUCAAAAAGGGAAUAAGAAGAACUACUGUUUUUUUUUAUUAGUACCACUUUGUAUAUUUAUCGAAUUAUUGUUUGCUUUAUAGUGCUUAAAAAAGGUCUUAUUACAAUCGCGUCUGAUAGCGAACGGAGUAUUAAAUUACACCGGGUUAUUAUUUUAUAUAAGAUUGGUAGAACUGUUAAGUGUCAAAAUUGAAUAAGUGUUACCAACUGAAUUUUUGACAAUCAUGGCCAACUUUGUUGGUAGCUCGGUGUGUUGCCUGGAAAUUGUUGAUAUCAUCAUCCCCCCCCCCCUCUUUCGCCCCUGGAUCGUUUGAUUUAUCGGUUGAUUGGGGAGUGAAAGGGAAAGACUGCUUAAUUUCGUAUUAGUGAGAAAGAGACUUUGAUACAAUGAUAAAAAAUGUUUUUAC